AUGGCUGAAGAUUUUCUCUGUCACUCUCAACAUAUCGAGAAUGUAGAAGAAGUUGGUGAACAAUAUUUCGAUGAUCUAUUAACAAGGUCUUUUUUUCUUCGGUCAAGCAUUAAAAUGCGAUUUGUCAUGCACGACCUUUUGAAUGAUUUGGCAAAAUAUGUUUGUGGAAACUUCUGUUUCAUGUUCAAAUUUGAUAAAGGAGACCGUAUACCCGAAACAACCCGUCAUUUUUCAUUUUUAAUUGAUAAUGAAGUAUAUGAUGAUGGUAUGGGGAGUUUAAUUGAUGCUAAAAGACUGCGUUCAUUUACGCCAAUUACAAAUAAGAUAAAUGACAGUUUUCCUUGUGAAUUGAUUCUGAUUGAUGAAUUGUUCUCCAAGUUCAAGUUUUUGCGCGUCUUAUCAUCGAGUGGGUUUGGUGAUCUUAUUACAGAGGUUCCUGAUUCUGUCGGUGCUCUUAAACAUCUUCGUUCGUUAGACCUUUCAUAUACUAAGAUACAAAAGCUACCUGACUCAGUAUGUUUCCUUUAUAACUUACUAGUAUUGAAGUUGAACUGUUGUUCAUAUCUAGAGGAGUUGCCCUCAAAUAUACAUAAACUCACCAAAUUACAUUGUCUGGAAUUUGAAGAUACAAAGGUGACAAAGAUGCCGAUGCAUUUUGGAGAAUUGAAGAAUCUUCAUUUACUGAAUGCGUUUCGUGUCCAUAGUGAGUCCAGUAUUAAGCAAUUGGGAGGACUCAAUCUUCAUGGGAGCCUAUCAAUUUAUCAAGUGCAAAAUAUUGUGAAUCCUUUGGAUGCACUAGAGGCAAAUUUGAAAGAUAAACACCUUGUGGAGUUAGGGUUAAUAUGGAAUUCAAAUCACGUCCCUAAUGAUGCAAGGGAAGAAAAAGAAGUGUUUGAGAAUCUCCAACCUUCCAUUCACUUGGAGCAUUUGUCAAUCUGGAGCUAUCACGGUAUAGAAUUUUCAAGUUGGUUAUUUGAUAAUUCAUUAUCUAAUUUGGUGUUCUUAAGACUGAAUAACUGUAAAAAUUGUCUAUGUUUGCCUUCCCUUGGAGAAUUGUCAUCUCUGAAGAACCUCGAGAUUGAAGGGCUUGAUGGAAUAGUGAGCAUUGGUGUUAGUGAUGGAUUUUAUGGGAGCAACUCUUCUUCCUUUGCGUCCAUGGAAAGACUAAGCUUCAGGAACAUGAAGGAAUGGGAAGAAUGGGAAUGUAAAACUACUUCUUUUCCACGUCUUCAAUAUCUUUUUGUGGAUCAAUGUUGUAAACUGAAAGGUCUGCCAGAGCAACUUAUUCAUUUAAAGAAUAUAUUUAUUGGUGGCUGUGAUAAGCUCACAAUUAGCGUAAACAACAUGGACACAUCGUCGCUUCAGUUCUUGAAUAUUAAUUCAUGUCCACGUGUAAAUAUUCCUAUUACUGCUUUCAAUUCCCUUGAAGUAAUGAGGAUUACUCAUGGCUGCCCCUCUCUUAUAAUCUUUCCGCUAGAUUUCUUUCCAAAGCUCCUGAAGGAUUAUCUGCACGGUGGCUACAAAAAAUCGAAAUUAAAGCAGCGCCAAAUUUGA